GUAACCUGGCUGUGUGUUGUCGUCACAUCACCCCAUACUGGUGUUCAAAGCCACUGAACGACAGUGACCUCAUCAUGACGUGAUUUCACGACGGACACAGACUUGUCUAAAAGACGCCAGUCAUGAAUUGAGCUGUUCAACUCAACUGUUCAGGAUUGCGUGCCGGUUCAUCUCCACCGUGGUUGCAGCCUGUGCGUGUCACCCAGCGAUGGCACAGCAGGAAAACUCUGCCAAGAAGCCCCCAGCUAUAUCGGCAGCGCACCCCCACUUCAUUGUGGGAUCGGUGUCCGAGGAUAAUUCGGAAGAUGAAGUCCAGGGGAAGCCGGAUGUGCAGAUGGUGGAGAAGGAGGGACGUUCUUUGUCACCGUCGUCCGGGAGCUCCGAUAGCACCAAUGACAUGAACUUUGAGCACCUUGAUGGCUCCAUGCACAACAAUCUCAGGCCGAGCAUGUCCGGGCUACACUUGAUAAAGCAAAAUCGCGAUCGCCGGCGCAUCGAUCUGCAGAGGGACUUCACUGUGGCAUCUCCUGCUGAGUUUGUCACACGUUUUGGUGGCAACAAGGUCAUUGAGAAGGUGCUUAUCGCUAACAAUGGCAUUGCUGCAGUCAAGUGCAUGCGCUCUAUUCGCCGCUGGGCUUACGAGAUGUUUCGGAACGAACGGGCAAUCCGAUUUGUGGUGAUGGUGACCCCGGAGGACCUGAAGGCCAAUGCUGAGUACAUAAAAAUGGCCGAUCAUUAUGUGCCUGUGCCUGGAGGGACUAAUAAUAACAACUAUGCCAACGUGGAGCUCAUUUUGGACAUUGCCAAACGAAUACCUGUGCAGGCUGUUUGGCCUGGAUGGGGUCAUGCCUCAGAGAACCCCAAACUGCCAGAGCUGCUCCAUAAGCACGGCAUUGCUUUCAUGGGCCCUCCUAGCCAAGCAAUGUGGGCACUAGGAGAUAAGAUUGCUUCAUCUAUUGUGGCUCAAACAGCUGGCAUCCCCACCUUGCCAUGGAGCGGAACUGGCCUGACAGUCGAAUGGUCUGAAGUCAAUCAAAAGAAACACAUUAUCAAUGUUCCUCAUGACUUGUACGAGCUGGGCUGCAUCCAGGAUGUAGACGAUGGCCUGAAAGCUUCUGAGAAGGUCGGCUACCCUGUUAUGGUGAAGGCUUCAGAAGGAGGGGGAGGUAAAGGCAUCCGUAAAGUCAAUUGCACAGAAGAUUUCCCAAACCUAUUCAGACAAGUCCAGGCAGAAGUUCCAGGUUCCCGCGUGUUCAUCAUGCAGCUCGCCAAACAUGCCCGCCACUUGGAGGUCCAGAUCUUGGCAGACCAAUACGGCAAUGCCAUUUCCUUGUUCGGCAGAGACUGUUCAGUGCAGCGGCGACACCAGAAAAUUAUAGAGGAAGCGCCAGCUACCAUUGCCACAUCUGAUGUGUUCGAGGAUAUGGAAAGGUGUGCUGUGAAGCUGGCAAAGAUGGUGGGCUAUGUGAGUGCGGGCACAGUGGAAUACCUGUACAGCCAAGAUGGCAGCUUCUACUUCCUGGAGCUCAACCCUCGUCUGCAGGUUGAACACCCCUGCACCGAGAUGGUGGCUGAUGUCAACUUGCCCGCUGCCCAGCUGCAAAUUGCAAUGGGCAUCCCCCUUUACCGAAUCAAAGACAUCAGGAUGCUUUAUGGGAUGCAGCCCUGGGGAGACUCUCCCAUCGACUUUGAGGUUCUGUCCACAGCCGCCUCCCCACGAGGACAUGUCAUUGCAGCUCGCAUCACCAGUGAAAAUCCAGACGAGGGUUUCAAGCCGAGCUCUGGAACAGUACAAGAGCUGAACUUUCGCAGCAACAAAAAUGUGUGGGGUUACUUCAGUGUUGCAGCGGCUGGCGGACUGCACGAGUUUGCUGACUCCCAAUUUGGACACUGUUUUUCUUGGGGAGAGAAUCGUGAAGAAGCCAUCUCUAACAUGGUGGUAGCUUUGAAGGAGUUGUCUAUCAGAGGAGACUUUCGAACCACUGUGGAAUACCUCAUCAAGCUGCUGGAAACGGAAAGCUUUCAGCACAACAGCAUCGACACGGGCUGGCUGGAUAGGCUCAUCUCUGAGAAGAUGCAGGCUGAGCGUCCCGACACAAUGCUGGGACUCGUGAGUGGAGCUCUUCAUGUCGCAGAUGUUAAUUUAAGGAACAGCGUGUCCAUUUUCCUGCAUUCUCUGGAGAGGGGGCAGGUGCUGCCAGCGCACACACUUCUCAACACAGUGGAUGUAGAGCUGAUCUAUGAAGGCAUUAAGUACGUCCUGACCGUGACUCGCCAGUCUCCCAACUCCUACGUGCUCAUCAUGAACAACUCCACAGUCGAAGUCGAUGUCCAUCGGCUAAGUGACGGUGGUUUGUUGCUUUCCUAUGACGGCAGCAGCUACACUACCUACAUGAAGGAAGAGGUAGACAGGUAUCGCAUCACCAUAGGGAACAAGACCUGUGUUUUUGAAAAGGAGAACGACCCAUCGCUGCUGCGAUCUCCCUCGGCAGGAAAAAUCAUCCAGUACACAGUCGAAGAUGGCGGUCAUGUGUUUUCUGGCCAGUGUUACGCUGAAAUAGAGGUGAUGAAGAUGGUCAUGACCCUCACAGCUGCCGAGUCUGGUUGUAUUCACUAUGUGAAGAGGACUGGAGCGUCACUGGAGCCCGGUUGCAUCAUUGCCAAACUUCAACUGGAUGACCCAACUCGAGUUCAACAGGCAGAGUUGCAUACAGGUACCUUGCCCUCUACCCAGGCUGUUGCUUUACGUGGAGAAAAACUACACAGAGUUUUCCACAACACACUGGAUUACCUUGUUCACGUCAUGAACGGCUACGUUCUCCCUGAGCCUUUCUUUAGCGCCAAGUUGAAAGAGUGGGUGGAAAGGCUGAUGAAAACCAUGCGCGACCCCUCGCUGCCACUGCUGGAGCUUCAAGACAUUAUGACCAGCGUCUCAGGUCGCAUCCCCCCUGCUGUGGAGAAAGCCAUCAAGAAGGAGAUGGCUCAGUAUGCCAGCAACAUCACCUCAGUGCUCUGCCAGUUCCCCAGUCAGCAGAUUGCAAACAUCCUGGACAGCCAUGCGGCAACUCUUAACAAGAAGUCUGAAAGAGAAGUCUUCUUCAUGAACACGCAAAGCAUUGUUCAGCUGGUGCAAAAAUAUCGCAGUGGGAUCCGAGGGUACAUGAAGGCAGUGGUAAUCGACUUGCUCCGACAAUACCUGAAAGUAGAGAUCCAGUUUCAGAAUGGACACUAUGACAAGUGUGUGUUUGCCCUGCGUGAAGAAAACAAAGUUGACAUGGCAAAUGUGCUCAACUACAUCUUCUCCCAUGCCCAAGUCACCAAGAAGAACCUGCUGGUUACAAUGCUGAUUGACCAGCUGUGUGGCCGAGAUCCAACACUGACGGAAGAACUGAUGGCCAUGUUGACUGAAUUCACCCAGCUCAGCAAAACAACCAAUGCGAAGGUGGCACUUCGUGCACGCCAGGUAUUGAUAGCGUCUCACCUCCCCUCUUAUGAGCUCCGCCACAACCAGGUGGAGUCCAUCUUCCUCUCUGCCAUUGAUAUGUAUGGCCACCAAUUCUGCAUUGAGAACCUACAGAAACUUAUCCUUUCCGAAACAUCAAUAUUUGAUGUCUUGCCCAACUUCUUCUACCACAGUAAUCAGGUUGUCCGAAUGGCCGCCCUUGAGGUUUAUGUGCGCCGAGCAUACAUCGCUUAUGAGCUCAACAGCGUGCAGCAUCGCCAGUUGAAGGACAACACGUGUAUAGUAGAGUUCCAGUUCAUGCUGCCCACCUCCCACCCAAACAGAGGGAACAUCCCCACUCUAAACAGGAUGUCAUUCUCAUCAAAUCUGAACCACUAUGGCAUGGUGCACAUGGCUAGCGUGAGUGAUGUUUUGCUGGACACAUCCUUUACGCCGCCCUGUCAGCGGAUGGGCGCCAUGGUCUCCUUCCGCUCAUUCCAGGAGUUCACCAAGAAUAUAACAGAUGUGUUGAGUUGCUUCACAGACUCUCCUCCCCCAAGCCCGACUUUCCCUGAGGGAGGUAACCCCGUCCUGUAUGGUGAAGAGGACAACAAGAGCACCCAAGAGGAACCCAUCCAUAUACUGAAUGUGGCUAUAAAGACCGACAGUGACAUAGACGAUGAUGGCCUGGCAUCCAUGUUUCGGGAGUUCACCCAAUCAAAGAAAUCUCUUUUGUUUGAACACGGAAUCCGUCGCUUGACUUUCCUUGUGGCUCAGAAGGAUUUCAGAAAGCAAAUCAACUGUGAGGUGGACCAAAGGUUUCACAGAGAGUUCCCCAAAUUCUUCACAUUCCGCGCCAGGGAUAAGUUUGUGGAAGACAGGAUCUACCGCCACUUGGAGCCGGCUUUAGCUUUCCAGCUGGAGCUCAACCGCAUGCGCAAUUUUGCCCUGACAGCCAUUCCUUGUGCCAACCACAAGAUGCACCUCUAUCUGGGUGCGGCACGUGUGGAAGUGGGAGCAGAAGUUACAGACUACCGGUUCUUUGUGCGAGCCAUUAUCCGCCAUUCUGAUUUAGUCACAAAGGAGGCCUCUUUUGAGUACCUUCACAAUGAGGCUGAGCGUUUGCUUCUUGAGGCCAUGGAUGAGCUUGAGGUUGCUUUCAACAACACAACUGUGCGUACUGACUGUAACCACAUAUUCCUCAAUUUUGUCCCCACAGUCAUCAUGGACCCUUCAAAGAUUGAGGAGUCUGUGCGUUCCAUGGUGAUGCGUUACGGCAGCCGGCUGUGGAAACUGCGCGUCCUGCAAGCUGAACUGAAAAUUAACAUCCGCCUGACUCCGACAGGAAAGCAAAUCCCCAUUCGCUUGUUUCUCACAAAUGAAUCUGGCUACUACCUGGACAUCAGCCUCUACAAGGAGGUCACUGACUCCCGAACGGGACAGGUGGGGCCCAAAGACCGCCAGAUCAUGUUCCAGGCAUAUGGAGACAAGCAGGGUCCUUUGCACGGCAUGCUCAUCAACACACCUUACGUCACCAAGGACCUGCUGCAGUCAAAGCGCUUUCAGGCACAGUCACUGGGCACCACUUAUGUCUAUGACUUUCCAGAAAUGUUUAGACAGGCUCUGAAGAAGUUGUGGCACUCAAGCCAAGCGUAUGCUUUCGUACCCAAAUGCCCUCUUCCCUCUGAGUUGCUGACCUUCACCGAGCUGGUGCUGGACGCCCAAGGUCAACUGGUGCAGAUGAACCGACUGCCAGGUGGAAAUGAGAUUGGUAUGGUGGCAUGGCGGAUGACCCUCCGUACACCGGAAUAUCCAGCAGGACGUGAGAUCAUCGUCAUCAGUAAUGAUAUCACACACAAGAUCGGCUCAUUCGGGCCCCAAGAGGAUGUUCUGUUUCUGCGCGCCUCGGAGAUGGCCCGGGAGUGCGGCAUCCCUCGAAUCUAUAUCGCGGCCAACAGCGGCGCCCGCAUUGGCCUGGCUGAGGAAAUCCGACACAUGUUUCACGUGGCCUGGCAAGAUCCAACUGACCCGUACAAGGGUUUCAAGUAUCUCUACCUCACACCUCAGGAUUAUAAGAAGGUCUCAGCCCUGAACUCCGUACAUUGCGAACAUGUGGAGGAUGAGGGAGAAUCCAGGUACAAGAUCACCGACAUCAUUGGGAAGGACGACGGGCUGGGUGUGGAGAAUCUGAAAGGGUCCGGCAUGAUCGCUGGAGAAUCCUCUGUGGCUUAUGAGGAGAUCAUCACCAUGAACCUGGUAACGUGCCGAGCCAUCGGAAUUGGAGCCUAUCUGGUGAGACUGGGUCAGAGAACCAUUCAGGUGGACAACUCGCACAUCAUCCUUACUGGGGCUGGAGCACUAAACAAGGUGUUGGGCAGAGAGGUUUACACGUCAAAUAACCAGCUGGGUGGAAUCCAAAUCAUGCACAACAAUGGUGUGACGCACAGCACAGUUUGUGAUGACUUUGAGGGAGUCUUCUCUCUUCUGCAGUGGCUCUCUUACAUGCCAAAGUGCAAGUUUAGUCCGGUGCCCAUUCUGAGUGCCAAGGACCCCAUAAAUAGACCAGUUGACUUUGUGCCAACAAAGACACCCUAUGACCCUCGUUGGAUGUUAGCUGGUCGUGCAAGCCAGAGUCCAAAAGGCUCCUGGCAGAGUGGCUUUUUUGACCAUGGCUCCUUUAUGGAGAUAAUGCAGCCAUGGGCUCAGAGUGUGGUGGUGGGCAGAGCUCGACUGGGUGGGAUACCUACUGGAGUGGUUGCUGUGGAAACGAGGUCAGUGGAGCUGUCAAUCCCAGCUGAUCCAGCUAAUUUGGACUCCGAGGCCAAGAUCAUCCAGCAGGCGGGGCAGGUGUGGUUCCCCGAUUCGGCUUUCAAAACAGCCCAAGCUAUUAAGGACCUGAACCGAGAGGGGCUGCCUCUCUUUGUAUUUGCCAAUUGGAGGGGCUUUUCUGGAGGAAUGAAAGACAUGUAUGACCAGGUGUUGAAGUUUGGUGCCUACAUUGUGGACGGGCUGCGGGAGUACAAGCAGCCCGUGCUGGUUUACAUCCCCCCACAGGCCGAGCUGCGGGGAGGUUCCUGGGUGGUCAUAGAUCCCACCAUCAACCCUCGACACAUGGAGCUGUACGCCGACAAGGACAGCCGAGGUGGAGUGCUGGAGCCCGAGGGGACCGUGGAGAUCAAGUUUAGGAGAAAGGACCUAGUGAAGACCAUGAGACGAGUCGAUCCCGUCUACAUGAGCUUGGCUGAAAGAUUGGGAACUCCAGAGUUGAGCCCUCCUGACCGCAAGGAGCUGGAGACAAAGCUAAAAGAGCGAGAAGAGUUUCUGUUGCCUAUCUACCACCAGGUGGCUGUUCAGUUUGCGGACCUCCACGACACUCCCGGCCGCAUGCAGGAGAAGGGCGUCAUCACGGAUAUCCUGGAGUGGCAAACAUCCCGGCAGUUCUUCUACUGGCGCUUGCGGCGCCUCCUCCUGGAGGAAACGGUAAAGAGAAAGAUCCAAGCAGCAAACAGCGAGCUGACGGACGGGCAAGUCCAGGCGAUGCUGCGCCGCUGGUUUGUCGAGGCAGAAGGUGCCGUCAAGGCCUAUCUGUGGGACAACAACGAAGAGGUGGUGGGAUGGCUGGAGAGGCAACUCGCCGAAGACGAGGGAGCGCGGUCCGUCAUCGACGAGAACAUCAAGUACAUUCGCCGCGAUCACAUCCUCAAGCAGAUUCGCAGCUUUGUUCAAGCUAACCCAGAGGUGGCUAUGGAUUCUAUCGUGCACAUGACCCAGCACAUCUCGCCCACACAGAGAGCUGAGGUGGUGCGUAUAUUGUCCACUAUGGAGACCUCGGCCUCCUCCUAGUGCUGAGGCCACAGCCACCCAGCUCGGAUUCCGGGCUGACAUUCAGGUUCGGAGGAGCCAACGCGAGUGCCCCUCGGCAGCCGCCAGGGAACCGAUGAAUCGUUGGUAAUGAUUCUCAGCCACGUGAUAUUUUGUAAGUUGUCUUUACAACCAGUUUGUGUAAAAGUACAUGUUUUGCGUUCAAGUUCGAUCAGCAGAAAAUGACUAAUACUAUUUGGUGACCAAUAUGAUCUGGUGUGGGCUUUGAACGAAUGCAGAACUGAACUAAUGAACUGGAAUGUGGUCAUAUUCCAAUGCAUAGUGCUUUCUGGCAACAUAGUCUUAGUUAAGUAUUUUGAGGACAUUGCAAGUAGCCUUGGCGAGAAAGGGUCUUUUAAACUACCAACAAGGGUGCACUUAGUUACUGAGCAGAAAAAUAGCAGGAACGUGAUAACCCAUUUGGACAGAAGAGCACGGCAGGGAGUAAAAGGAGCCCUUUUCCACCCUGACUGCUUCCCAGUUCUCCUGCCGUGAACACAAAACUACAGCUGUCCCGUCACGCUGCUCCACAUGCACUUUAUACUGCUUUGCUGUUCACAUUGCAUACACAAGUAAACUUGCUCUCACUCUAAAUGUCGUAUUCAUGUCGUCUCGCACACUGUUACACACGCGCACACAAAGACACAGAGGUGGACAUAUUGAAAUUUAAUGGGAAAUAGUAUAAUGGUACCACACACAGAGUUGAUAUUAGCAUGGUUUUUUUUCAUUUAUUUUGUGUCGUGUCUCUUGCUGUCCAAAACAAUCGUUGAAAAUAACUUUUAUUAUUAUUCAUUUGUUUUUGUAAUAGAAAAUAUUUUUGAAUGCAUGAUGAGAUCACCUCUGUUCAAUGAUUCAUGUCAAGUCAGCAAAUGUCUAGCCAUAAUCCAUGGUAAUUGUUUUAUUUAUACUAUUUUGUACUAAAUGUUCCUUAUUUUAAAUAAUUUUAUUCUCAAUUGCAUAUUUCCUUACUUGAGUUUUGUUUAAAAAGCAAAAAACAAACCAAAAAAACACCUAUGUGGCACAAGUACAGAGAUGGUACAUUAAGUGACACUGAGCAAACAGCACUGUCAUGUUGAACUCAGUUCUUGACAUCACUGCCUCAUUAUGUUGAUCUGACAAUGUGAAAACAGCUUUGUGCUCAGUGCUGUGACUCCCCCCCCCCCCCCCCCCGACCUGUACUGACUUGGCGGCCAGUUGCUUUUUAACACACUGGUUGUAACCUGAAAAUGAUGAUGAAAUAAUGACAUGUUGGCAAUCUAAAUAAAGCUUAACCCCCUUAAA